AUGUCGUUCCCCAGGUACAAGCCGUCGCACCUGGCGACCCUGCCCACUACCCUUGACCCAGCUGAAUACGACAUAUCUCCGGAAACUCAGAAGGCACAAGCCGAGCGUUUGGCCAUAAGAUCCCGGCUUAAACGGGAGCACCUGCUUCAGUACAUCGACCCCAGCCGUCAUGGGGUCAUCGAAGAUGCUGCCUUGAUUCGUUGGACCUAUGCAAGAUUAGCAAAUAUCUAUCCCAAUUUCAGACCCACUCCCAAGACCUCACUUUUAGGAGCUCUGUUAGGAAUUGGGCCCCUCCUCUUCUGGUAUUGUGUUUUCAAAAUGGACAGAGAUAGGAAAGAAAAACUUAUCCGGGAAGGAAAAUUGGAUCAAACAUUUAACAUCUCAUAUUAAGUCUGGCAAUGAUGACUAUA